AGAAAGGUUGGACCAAUGUUCGUUCAAUCAAACAAUAUUUAGAGAGAUCUUCGCGUAAGUAUUAAUUAUGAGGUUAUCACCGCAAAGAGUGAUUUGAUGACUUUCAUAAACACCACAUAAGUAAUAGUCACGUGGCAACAAAAUUCAAAUACACUGUAUUCCCGCCCGUUUCAUCUCCCCAGCCGGUGGGCAAAUUUUCCAUUUUCCGACGAAUGCGGCUGAAUCCGAUGGCAAUGGCCGUCAUUUCCAAAAAUCAAAGCAACACAACUAGCUCCGAAGACCCGCUAUUGCCUUGGCUAUGGUCAAUUGAGAAAGCACUGAAAGAGAGAACUUCAAUCGAUGGAAGAGAUCUGCAUGAGCUUUGCUCGAACUGCAUCAGUACCUUUAAGAACAACCAUCGGUACCAAAACGACGUCAGAUUUCUCAAGAUUUGGUUUCUAUAUAUGGAUAGCAGUUCGGACCACGAGAGAAUAUAUAGAGAAAUUGAGCAGAAAAAGAUUUGUCUGUUCAAUUCUUUGCUUUACGAGACAUAUGCGUUAUUCCUAGAAGCAAAAGGGAGGUUAAUAGAUGCAUUUCUCAUUUACCAUUUGGGAAUUUCAAGGAAUGCUGAGCCUUUGGGCAGGUUGAAGAAGGCACAAGUGUUGUUUCUCGAAAGAAUGUCUGAGAAAGUAACUGCUGGUUCAUUACAGAAGAUGGACAUUGUGUCGGAGAAUGGUGGAGCUUGUGUCAAUCCAUGGUUGAUCUCAACAAUUAAAAAUCUGUUGCUGAAGAAGAAUCCUGAGAUAUUAAAAUACGAUGGAUACCAUCCAAGCAAAAAGGCGUAUUCAGGGAAGGUAUCGUUGUCAACUUUGCAGAAAUCUGCCAGGAAUAAAACUAUUGAUAUAGGUGGAUACAGCUAUCAGAUCAAGGGAUGUGCAGGUCAGGGAGGAUUUGCUCAAGUAUUUAAAGCAUGCUGUGAUGGUAAUCCGGAUGAGGUUGUCGCACUUAAGAUUCAAAAGCCAGCUUUCCCAUGGGAAUUCUACAUUUAUCGUCAACUGGAUAUGAGAAUUUCAGAAAAGGAAAGAUUAAGCUUUGGGUAUGCCCACAGAUUGCAUCUAUAUUCGGACUACAGCAUACUUGUUUCUGACUUCCUGGCUAAUGGGACACUUCAGGAUGCAAUCAAUUCCAAUGUUGUGCUUGGUGGGGCCAUGGAAGAAGUUUUAUGUAUUUAUUACACCAUUGAGAUGCUCUGCAUUUUAGAAACUUUGCAUGAUGCCCAGAUUAUUCAUGGCGACUUCAAACCGGAUAAUCUUCUGAUUCGUUAUGCAAGGGACGAUCUGGCAGAAGACCUGGAAACUUUUCGACACCGUACUGGUCCAUGGAGGGAACAGGGACUUAGCCUUGUCGACUGGGGACGGGGUAUAGACCUGAGCCUCUUCCCUGACCAGACUGAGUUUAUAGGUGACAAUCGAACUUCUGGGUUCUGCUGCAUCCAGAUGCAAGAAAAAAAGCCAUGGAAGUAUCAGGUGGAUGCAUAUGGCAUCUGCGUUAUUGUACACAUGAUGCUUCACAAUUCUUAUAUGGAGAUUGACAGAAGACCUUCUCCCCAUGGUGGCCAUAAUUAUCAACCUAAGUUGCCUUUUAAACGAUACUGGAAAGUUGAACUCUGGAAGAACCUAUUCACCAAGUUACUUAACAUAGACCACACUGAAGAUUAUAAGAACAUGUUGAAGAGCCUGAGGGAGUCAUUUCAGGAUUAUAUGUGCUCAAAUCCUCAGCUGAUCAAAAAGCUUAGGCAGUUGUUGGUAAAGCAAAAAACUUCCUUAUGUUCUUCAUAGGGACGGUGUGUAAAAGAUGCACAUUGAAGCAGUUCAAUGUAUCAAAGCCUCAUUGAUUUAUGAAACUGUAUACGUUCAUGUUCAUAUAUCAAGGCGUUGUGGGGAUUGGCCUACAAAGCAUAAUGAUAUUCAUGAAUCUGUAUCACUGUAGGUGCUGCUGCCCAUUUGUUUCACUCUUUGGUCUUUAUCUUUCCUAAAUUAUUUUUCAGGAAAUAUAGUCUAGGCUUGUAUGUGUAAUUUGUAUGCAAAAACAGAAUAUAAUUGGUGUUGUGAACAUUUGAAUUCCUUUGCCAUGCACUUCUCUCAAACAAUUGAAGGGGAGGCAACUAA